AUGGCCUUUGAUGAGGUCUCGUUGUGCAUGCCGAUGCAAUGUGUUGCAUCGCGCAGAGUGGAGCUUGAUACAGUACAUGGCGGACAUGCAGUAAUGCAUGGCGCAGUGUUGGCGUCUCCGACAUGCAGGAUCAAGUUUACUACUGACAUACAAGCACACUUGAAACAAGGAUGCCUGCGUAUGUUCAUGGACAUCUGUAACUUCACACUCCAAGUUGCAACGUUUCACUACGCCACGGCUAGUGCUACCUGUUCAGCCCUACCACCCUUCGCUAGCCUGUUCUGGUCAGCACAGCCACACCUCCUGAACCCUGAAUAUCUACCUCGAAGUCAUUCUCACAUUCGAAAGAAAAAAGGAUCACAUGCCCCAAUGAACUCCUCACGACCGUUCGCGUCCGCCAGAAACACCUUCGCACCCGCCUUCCAAUACCUCUCACAAAUAACGUCUUCGAACACAAGAUCUAAGCCCUCGACCUUCCCUUCUCAUCACCGCCGCGCAAGCUCCAUCUCCAUCGAUGGUAUAGACCUCGAGGCGUCCGCAUACACCGACGAAGAGCUCGACGAAAACUUCGGCCCGGCCAUGCCGCACUCUGCACGUACAAGUGCCAGUUCGAAUGAGCUGGCCCCGUCAGCGAUUCCACUGAUCGAUUUCUCACGGUCCUCGAGUCCAUAUCCUCGGUCGCGCAGCGCGGUGCAGAGUGAAGAUGAGGACGACGAUUAUGAAUUUGAGAGAGAGAGCUCGAUAAGACCGUUGGUAUCGCAGUCGCGAGGGGGCAGCCAGCGGGGCUGGAAGAGUAUACUCAAGCCUGGUGGAUUGGGACAAUUCUUUUUUGGGACAUGGGCGGGGUGGCAGGUUUAUGUUGGAAUACUUGUGUUCUGGGUUGGGGGCUGUUCCUUUGGCCUGUUGUUGAUGAAUCGAUUUAUACUGCUCACUGGUGUCUACAAGAUCAGGUAUCCUCUCGCGGCGACGUAUAUUCAACUUAUAAUCACGCAUAUACUACUUGUUGUCUCGGCCAGUUUGACAAGAGCUCUUGCGGGACCAUUGAGGAGGAUCGGACUUGGUGGAAUAGCUGCUCCGGGCCUGCCCGCGCUUUCGAACAAUCCGAGCUACAGAUCUGGGAAGAGUAGCUUUGCGUACCGCUGGCUGAUAGGAGGAUCUGGAGGCAUUGCAGGUGGUGGCUUGUUCGAAUUUGAACGUGCUGCAGCUAUGCACGUUCUUCCAUUAGCUGCAAUCUACGUCGGCAAGGUCAUGUUGAGUAACAUUUCUUUCACGCCCAUGAUCAACAGUUACACAGAGCUACCUGUCUACCAGAUGUCACGCAUUGGCAUUGUCCCUCUUUCACUCAUGUUUACAAGUGUACUCACGCGCGAGUCACAUUCUGUUCCGACGCUCUCAGCAGCACUGACUGCAACUAUCAACCUCUUUGUCGCGAGUUUAAAAAAGGAUGCUAAAAGACCUUGGGAGGGUGUCGUACCGGGAGUCUUCUCUGCAUUCUUUGUUGCGCUAUAUCCUAUCUUCCUACUACGAACAUAUCGCCUUCUCGUCGCCGACCUGGUUCCCCAAGGCGACAUCCUGACUGGAUUUCCUGCUUCUAGUGGUGACGAGACCCCUUCAAGUCGCGAAGAGACGCGUGCCUACUGGAGGACUCUACACUACACAUCCCUUCUCUCAAUUUUUAUAAUGACACCGAUCCUGUUCCUCUCCGGUGAGAUUAGCGAGAUGAUGAUGAACUGCUAUGUUUGCGAUGUUCCAUUCCUCUGGUUGCUGAUCUUGUGUGGAGGUAUCGGCAGCUGGGCAGUGUUCGCGACCACUUUGCUUCUGGCCAAAGCUACCAGUCCGUUGACUGUCACGUUUCUAAGUAUACCGCGUAGUGCGUUCCAGCUUACCAUGUUAGAAGGCAAGAUGCCGGUGCAUAGUUGGGUUGGGAUCCUUAUUUGCUGGCUGAGCUGCUUGUGGUAUUUGUUCACGAAGCGAGGAGAAGGGCGUCAGCUGGACCGAUUACGUUUGGAAGGUCGGUCGUGA